AUGUUAACUUUGUGGGUAAUUACUCUCACAUCCACCGUAGUGUCGAGUAAUUUGUUGAGUGGUGGAAUUCUUACGGAAACUGUACCGCUUCGAUCAAAAACUUAUCAAAUGAUCGGCUUUGCUCAGUCCGCUUUAAAUCAGACAGAAGUUGAGAUCCGAUUGUGUAGCUACUUUUGCUCACUUUCACACUUAUUAUUCUUUCUCAAGGUACAAUACGUUCUACGUUCGUCUCCUUGUGAUAAGGAGUUCUUCGAUGCUAAAAGAACGUUCUAUUUUGAUGAUUUGGACCAUAUUCCGGAUACGUAUGACUAUGACAAAAUAGUGUUCUACAAGUCUAAGGCUCACAACUAUUCUUGUAAGUCUUAUAUUUGCUUAAACAUCUCAAAUAUUAAAAAAAAAUCAAGGAUUUCAAUAAUACAAUUUAGCUCUUGGCAUCCUACCCAAAAAGUUCCAGCCGAUGCGAUUUACUUUCUUAUUAUUGGUGUUGCUUACUCGCCGAACUCUCUUGUUGAUCAACAUAACGUCACUGUUACCGUGAAAUGGAAGCAACCACAUGGAUUUCUCAGUGCCAUUGACUUUCCGUUGCUCAGGUUCUACGUAUUAAUGUGUGUUUUUUAUUCGGCACUAGCUUUUGUCUGGAUGGUUCUCUGCAUUAGAUAUUACAAAGAUAUCUUAAGAAUCCAAUAUUGGAUAGGUGCUGUGAUAAUUCUUGGAAUGGUUGAGAAGGCGUUUUUCCUAGCGGAGUAUUCGGCAAUGAAUACUACCGGUCACAGUGUUGAAGGUAUUCUGGAGCUUGCUGAAUUAGUUUCUUGUGCUAAGAGGACAAUGUCUCGUGUGCUUGUGAUAAUAGUGUCGGUUGGGUACGGUGUUGUGAAACCUCGCCUUGGAAACACUCUGAGUCAGGUCGCUGGUGUCGGCUUGGUGUAUUUCGUAUUUUGUGCCAUUGAAGGGCUUGCUCGCGUGUCGAAGAAUCAUAUCGAAGCAGCAAAGCAGAAGCAGUUUGCUGCUUUACCAUUGGUCAUAACUGAGAUCGUCAUUUUUUAUUGGAUCUUCACUUCGCUUGGUUCAACAAUGCGAACCCUCAAAUUGAGGAGAAACGAGGUAAAACUCACCGUUUAUCGGCAUUUUAUGAACACACUUGUUUUUGCCGUUAUAGCAUCUGUUAUUUUUAUGGUGUGGAGUUUAGUGUACCAUAUUUUUCCCACCUGCUUGAAAAACUGGAAGGAACUGUGGGUGGACACCGCAUUUUGGCACGUUCUUUUCUGUUUCAUUCUUGUUGUGAUUGUAAUCUUGUGGCGUCCGUCUGUUAAUAAUCAGCGUUACGCAUUCACUCCCCUUCUGGACGACAGCGAAGAUGAGAAUGAUCAAGAUGAAAUUUUCAACGCUUUCUCCGCUCCUGGUUUUGAACUGCUCAAACAGCGUGAGUCUGGAAGUGCUGCUGAUAUUCGCCGCCAGAAAGAAAAAGAGCGUGAAGACCAUAGGCUGCAGGAUGAUUUGCGAUGGAUUGAUGACCACAUUCCGUCUUCGUUCGCUGAACAUUUGAUUGUGGACGAAGACGAAGACAAAGAAGCUCGUGAGUUGGAAAUCAGUAAGAUGUUGUAG